AUGCGACUGAUCAACCCAACACUCAUCCUGACCGCUAUGUCUUUGACAGCAACCUACGCAGCCCCCAUCGACCUCCCCCGGGAAGCACUUAUAUCGAGGGAAGACUCAACCUCGAAGUCGAGUCCAACGCUGAUCACAGCGUUCCAACUAGAGACCGUCUCCCCGGCCUCAAAAUCCUGCACCGAUGCCCCCAUGACAGGCGAAUGUGUGACAGCCCAACAGGCCGCGCCGUAUAUCUCGCAGUCCUUUGAGACGUACAAUGUCACGUCUCGGGCGGAGCAGGCGGCUGUGAUCAGUUUGAUGGCGUUUGAGAGUGAGGAUUUUAAGUAUAAUCGGAAUCAUUUUCCCGGCGUUGCUGGACAGGGUACUCGAAACAUGCAAUCACCAACCUACAACGUUAAAUACGCCUUUUCCCUCCCCCUCCUCACAUCCCAAUUGAGCCAUGUCUCCGACGAUCCAGCCGGGAUUCUCUCACUGUUGCUUUCGGAUGGGGCGUACGAUUUCGGUUCCGGGGCGUGGUUUUUGACGACGCAGUGUUCCGACGAGGUUCGGGAGGCGUUGCGGACGGGGUCGGAGAGCGGGUGGGCUUCUUAUUUGGGAGAGUGUGUUGGGACGAGUGUUACUGAUGCAAGGAGAGAUUAUUGGAAUCGGGCUUUGACUGCUUUGGGGGUUGAUUCUUCAUGA